UGAAAUGGGACGCUCAAGAUUUAAUUACCAUAUACUUUUGUUUUGGCCCAAUAUAAUUGGAUACAUUCGACUAUUUUUGAUAACUUGUAUGAUAAUUUCAAUUUCGGCUCAUUUCAUUUGUGCGUGUCUCUUCUACCUGUUGUCUACUGUGCUGGACUUCUUUGAUGGAGCAGUAGCUCGAAGUUGGAAUCAAACGUCACGAUUCGGUGCGCAGAUUGAUGUUAUAAUUGAUAUCAUGGGUAGGGGUUUUCUCUGGGUUUACUUAUCACCUUACUUUUUCUUUAUCCCUUGCAUUGAGUGGAUAGUCUUUUCAGCCACUUCCAAGAAAGGAAAGUUUUGGAAAGAUCAGUUUUCUUCGGCUCCUAGCUGGGUUCAAAAUGUCAUGGCUAAUAAUUUUCGAACAUUCCUUGGAAUGAUCACAAUGACUGGAGUUGAUUUUCUACCAUUGUUCUUACUUACUCUUCAAACGGACAAGUUUGCUAUGAUCCCUUUAGUUUUACAGUUUCUAUUGUUUUCCGGUCUUUUGAUAGGUAGGCUUUUGUCAGCUGCAGUUGAAAUUUACAUUAUUAUCCAACAUUUUGAAGAGCUUUUGGAUGACAACUAUGCAGAUAACUGAAUUGACCGACAGUCGUUCUUUUUAAGCGUUAAAGUUACUCUGAAAUAACAAUUGUAAAUUUUUUAUCCUGUUGUAAAAAUUUGUUUGAAAUGUAUAUUUAUGUUUGUAUGCUGCUUUUGCUUUCUGUUGAUUUUGAGGCUGUCUGCAGUGUG